CUGCCUCGCCCUGGCCCCACAUCGCGGGCGCGCCGUUUCCAAGCGGACCGAGUGGCGAUGACGAGAGCAUCCUCCGUUCCCGAAUUGGUACUGCACAACUCUGUGACGUCGCAUCUGAAGGCACUGUUGGCUAUGAUGUCGAAGCUGGCUGAGCACGGCCAUGGGAGAAGGAUGGGGGAAGGGAUCGGGAGAUGGAGAAAUCCAAGGAGGAGGAGGCGGAGAAGGAGGAGUACGAGAAGGCUCCGAGCUUCUGGACAAGCGGUAUCGAACGCCGCAGCGCUUCUCAGAGAAGCGGCUGCGGGCGGGUGUCGAAUUGCAGGGGCAGCUUGCGCCGACCGUGGCCGCAUCACAAGGGGGGGGCACACGCCCGCCCGCAGCGGCGGCGGCGAGGCCGGCCCGAGCCCGCAAGAGGGGCACGGCGGCAGGCGCCGCGCUCGCGGAGCCUGCCGCCUCGCGGCGCCCCCCGGGGGGAUGGGCGGCGUGCCUAUAUCAGGGGGACGUAAGACCUGGGUACAGGGGACUCGGAAAUCCCCGACGAGGUCGUC